AUGCGAGUCUACAGCCAUCCAGCGAGUACACAUCCAGCCAUCUUGUCGGAAACAGGCCGGAAUCGGGAUUUACAACGACUAGAUCGCGAUCAGCGUAGACUACGAGGCUCGUUCGGCCGACCGUCGACUCCCCUUCCCGUUCCAUCCUCUGACUCUAUCGACCUGACCGCAUUCUCCUUCCUCCCCUUCUCUCCCGCAUUCCACGGACCAAAGCCCUGCUUCAAGAUGGGGGCCGUCGGCGGUAUCGGCGCGAAGCUUCUAAGCAAGAUGGGAUGGGAGGAAGGCACUGGACUCGGCGCACGUCGUGACGGGCGCGUGGAGCCGCUGGGUGCCGGUAAGCGCGUCGAGAAGCUGGGGAUUGGUGCCGAGCGACGCCCUUUCCUAGACGCAUGGUGGGAGCGAACGCUUGAGGAUGCGUAUGGGAAGCCCGCGGCGGAUAAGGAAGUUGAUCUUCUCGAUGCUUGCGAGGGCAGACGGUGCAGGCCGCAUGGCAGCGCGAAGCUUGCCAGAUUGGAAAGACAUGACAAGCAGGCAGGCGCAGACGAAGGGUUGGAAGAUGGUGCAAAGGAGGAAAAGGUGAGAAAGAAGAAGGAGAGGAGAAGGUUGAGGGAGGAAGCCAAGUUGAAAAUUGCGUCUGGUGGGGUCCGCAAGUCGCGCAAGGGGAAGAAGCUCAAGAAAGAGAAAAAGAAGAGCAAGAAGAGUGAUAGCCAUCGAUAG